AUGAAUAAUAAAGAAGAAAUUAUAAUUAUAAAGAAAUUACCAAAUUAUUUAUAUAAAAAAAUUAUUGGAUAUGUUUUAGAAUUUUUAAAAUAUUGUAUACCAAAUGGUAGUGGUCCAAAUUAUUUAAAGUCAUUAAUCGGUGAAAAUAUAAAGAGAUUAAUGUUGGUUAAUAGGGAAUGGUAUUAUAGUUGGGUAACAGAUUCGUUAUUGUAUUUACCAGAAUUUAAAGCACAUAGUGAUUUUAGUAAAUUUAGAUUACCAUGGUUUCAACAACUAUUAUCAAAACAAUAUAAAUUCUUAGCAGUGUCAAGUAGAACAUUGGAUACUCAACCACAAAUUGUUGAACUAGCCGUUUUUACAAAUCCAAUUGUAAAAAUUAAUAAAAAUCGUUUAUUAAAAUAUUCAAAAAAUAUCGUCUCUUUAACCAUUGAUAAUGAAUCAUCAUCUUAUAAAGACUGCGAUUUUCAUUCGAUUAGGUUACCACUUUUCCAAAAUAUUACAAAAUUAUUCAUGCAAUUCGAUAUACCACAACAUUGGUAUGAAUUUAUUGAAUUAAUUAAACCAAUUAAAACUGGUGAUCAAUAUCAAGUCGUUGGUGCCAAUAUUGAAAUACUAAGUUUAAGAUUCUCUGCAAUUAAACAAAAUCAAAUACCGUUAGUUGAUUUAACAUGUUUUAAUGAAACUAUUAAAUUGGGUGGUUUAAUAAACCUUUCAAAAUUAUUCAUUAUGGAUAGUGGUCCAAAUGGUUUAACUGGUUUUAAAAAUUCUUUACUUUGUAAACAAUUAACAUCAUUAGCAAUUUAUUCAUGUAAAGAAGUUAAUUGUAAUCAAUUAGUUGAUUUAAUUUCAUCAUCAUCAUCAUCAUCAUCUCCUUCUUCUUCAAAAACACCAACAACAGCAACAAAAGAAACUUCAACUUGUAAAUUAGAAAAAUUAGAAAUUAAAAAUUGUACUGGUAUUGAUUCAAAUUUAAUAUUAGAUGCAAUUAAUAACUCUUUUAAUAAAUUAAAAUAUUAUAAUGAUUCACCUUCAAUUACACCAAGAGAUUCACCUUCAAUUACAGUUUCAAAAGUUCAAUCAUUUUUAACAAAUUUAUCAAAUAAUAUUGAAAAAGUUGUUUUAUUAAGAACAAUUACAAGUGAUUCAGAUAAAACAUCAUCACCACCACCACCACCACCAUCUCAAAUUCAACAAAAUUUAGAUAAUUUUAUUUGGAAUAAUGAUAAUGAUAAUAAUAAAAAUAAUAAUAAUAAUAAUAAUAAUAAUAAUAAUAAUAAUAAUAAUAAUAAUAAUAAUAAUAAUAAUAAUAAUAUAAAAAAAGAUGAAAAACUAAUUUGUAAUAUUGAACAAUUAUCAUUAAUGACAUUAUUUCCAAUUUUAUCAUUACCAGUUUUAAGAGAUAUUGAAUUUAAAAAUCUAAGAUCAUUAGAGAUAAAAUUUACAGAGGUUGAUGAUAUUGAUAUCUUAGUUGAUGGUUGUAUGAAUGUUUUAAUAAAUUUGGUUAGAUUAAAGAUUUCAAGUGAUUAUGAAUCAAGACCAAUAACAAAUAAAUUCUAUGAAAUGAUUGGAAAGAGUAAAUCAAUUGUAGAAUUGAUAUUAAUUGGUUUUAAAUUCACAUCAAUUGAUUUAAUAGCAUUCCUUAAUAAAUUUCAUCCAACAUUAGAAUUUUUAUCAUUGGAAGGUGAAACCGAUACAAAUGAUACCGAUUUAAUGAAAGUAUUUUGUAAUGAAAAUUCAAAGAUAACUUCAUUGGAUCUACAAUUAACAUUUACAAAUUUUAAAUCACCAAUACACUCUUAUCAAUUACUAUUGGAUUUAUUAUUGGUUAAUAAAUUUUAUCAUCUAUCUUUUAUAACUCAAAAUACAACUCAAAUUAAAUCGAUACCAACUGAUCAAUUAAUAAAUGCCAUUAAAUCAAGUGACAAACUUUUAACACUUUCAACUGGUCAAUUCAAUCCAAUCGCAAAUAUUAUAUCAAAAACUUGUUAUGAUUGUGGUAAAUCAAAUUAUUUCAAUCCACCAACUACUUUAAAAUAUUAUUCUUGGGCAAAUUAA